CACCAUUAUAACGCGCGUUAAAUUGGCAGAAAUACGCGCGUAACUUAACCAUCAUUAUUAAUAAUAGACACAUGAGGUGUGUGAUUAAGGUGUGGUCUGUGUAAUUGAUGAUAUUGUCGUUUAGAAUUAUAUCUACUGUUGUUGGUGAUGGAUUUGUUUGUUGAAAUUGAAAGUGUUAUUAGUGGAUGCAGGCAAAUUAACUCUUCAUCUGCUCAAGUUGUUGACACUAUGAUAACCAGGAUUGAGAUUUGUUUGGAGAUGAUGGAUGAUUUUGUUGCUUUUGUGGCAAGCUUGCCAAUGACUAACGACAGCAUCACAUAUUACAAUACUUGCAUUGAGUUGCAGUCUGUUAUUAGCCAGCUUUUGAUCUUGUGGCAGACCCGAUUUUUGCAAUUAAGUAGCCAACCUCCACAAUCUGGAAGGCCAAAAGUUCUUAUAAAUAUAGAACUGGUUAGUCGUAGAAAAGUGUUCAUAUACCCCAACCCUAGGCAUGGUAUAGCAAUUCAUUUGUACUAAACUAAUGUUACAGCAAAUAGAUUAAAUUUAUACUAAAAUCAUGUGUUUAAUGCAACAAUGAAAUAUUAUAAACUACAUACCAGUACUAAAAAAGUCCGCUACUUUCAGUAAAAUUAUACUAAUAACACUUAAAACAAUUAAAUACAGAAAGCCUUUUUUUAUUUAUUUUUAUUUUUGAUUAAUUUUACAGCUUGAAUUUUUAAGAGAAAUGGGCUAUACAUGGCAGCAGUGUGCUGAUACUUUGAUGAUCUCAAGAACUACUUUGUGGCGUCGAGCACAGGAAUUAGGUAUAGUAACACAGCACGCUGCUUCAGCAUCAAUAAAUGAUCUGGAACUUGAUUCUGUUGUGCAAAUGAUUUAUCUUCAGUCACCAAAUAAUGGUAUAGUCAUGGUGUGGGGGCAGUUAAGGAGUUUAAAUAUUUUCGUUCCUCGAAGGAGAGUACGAGAGAGUCUACUUCGUGUUUGCCAAACAGCUGUCCAGAAUAGAUCUUCACAUACUGUUUGCCGGCGUGUAUACCGUGUACCAUCUUCUAAUGCUCUUUGGCAUAUUGAUGGUUUGCAUUGCCUCAUCCGAUGGAGAAUUGUAGUCCAUGGCUGCAUUGAUGGCUACUCUAGGAAAGUGAUUUAUAUACAUGCUUCAGAUAAUAAUAGGGCCAAUACAGUCCUCAAUUUAUUUCUGGAAGCAGCCACUGAACAUGGCUGGCCAUCUAGAGUUAGGUCUGAUAAGGGGGGUGAGAAUUAUGAUGUUGCAAGAGCUAUGUUGACUGUUCGAGGAACUGGGAGAGGAAGUCAUAUAGCUGGCCCAAGUGUACACAAUCAGCGUAUAGAGCGCUUAUGGCGUGACACAUUUCGCUGUGUGUGCCACAUUUUUUAUGCACUCUUUUAUGAAAUGGAAGAAAUGAACUUACUUUCACCAACAAAUGAGUUACAGUUAUAUGCACUUCAUUAUGUAUUCAUUCCCAGAUUAAACAAACAACUUAAGGAAUUUAAAUGUUCUUGGAAUAGUCAUCCUCUUCGAUCAGAGCAUGGGUUUACUCCAAAUCAACUCUGGUUACAAGGACUGUCAGAGUGCAACUUUGAUUGUGAUAUUGACACUGACUAUGGUGCUGAAGAAGGUAGACCAAGUCCUUUUGAUAUGGGGAGGGUAGAAGUUCCACGAAUUUCUAUCAGUUUAAGUGCUGCUCAGGAACAAUUACUCAGAUCUCAAUUUCAACCACUAGCUAAUUCAAGUUGUGGUGGAUUAGACCAUUAUAUUAAUGUUUAUGAUUUUUUAAGAAACAAUGUGUAAAAUAUUGAUGAUUUUUUUUGACAAUAAUGAACAUGAUUGGUCAAAGAAAA